AAAGUGAAGCCUGGUCGAAUUAUCCGCAAGCAGAUUCAAUAUACCCCACAUACAGACGCAGCAAUUGAGUAUAGCGCAUUGGUUCCAGCUGCAGCCAUGCGAUGUUUGGUCCUUGGCUGAGUUUACUGAGUUGAGUGGUCAGGUAUCACGGCCUUUCCCAGUUGUCCGAGGAAGUUUGGGCUCGUGCCAUUCCCUCGAGCACUUCUGGGCAUUGGAUCUACGAUGCAGAUAUGCUCGGCAUACCUUUCUCUCUCUUUGUGCAUCUUACAAUUCAUUCAUAUUUGUUUAUCUUCAAUACUGUGGCCAACUAUGGCAUUCAUUCGAGUUCGGGGUCGGCCGAUUAAUUGGCGGGAACUAUCCCCACCUCUAUCUAACCGCUCGAGGUAUGUCCACCCGACGAUUAGCAACCCCACGCCUCGCGGUUAUCGUGCAGCUCGACUCAAAACGAGGCGGUCGUUCAUGAAUAAGGGAUGUUUGGGCGGCACUUCAAUCCCAUUGGUUAUUCUGGAUCAUAUCUCGUAGUUCGAGGGGACGACGAGAAAGCUCCGCUCACAAUUGUCAAAAAGGGGCCCUAUCAGCGGAAUGACAGGGGUCAUUCGGUUCCACGAUGGCUUCUUUUAGUGGGGUCAUACUGAACGCUUAUCCUUGGGCACACGACGUCCCGGAUUUGAAGCAUACAUACAUAAGCCGUGUUGUGCCGCGCUCUCUCCCCCUCUUUGUCAAUCCACCGGAUUUCAUAGAUUGCUCAAUCCUCACUUGACAUCAGGAGUAAUCUUCAACCUCAAAAUCAGUUAACAGCUCAGCUUCGUUAUCUAUCUCGACGAUUACUUCAAGACUCCCAGUAUCUCUCGCACGACAGAUAAUUAUAAGCACUGCCACAUAUUGACAGAUCAAUAUAUCCGUCAAUCUGAACCGAAUCUCAACAGGAAGCUCCCCGGAUAUUACAACCUUGAUGUCGGUUGAUAGACGCCAAAGUCUUCAUUGCCUUCGUUUUCCAUCUCGAUACGAAA